ACUAGUGAUGAACUCAUUCCAAUUCACAGCAGAAACUUGUUUGUCUGUUUAUUAGUUUGUAGAAAAUCCUAGAAUGAUUUCCUGACCAAUUUAUCGAUAAUCGUUGUAUCGCCAUAUCGUCAGAUCAUCGUUAUCGUGAGCUUUGUAUCGCAUAUGGUAUCGUGAGGUACCAAGAGGUUUGCUCGCUGCCACCCUCCCACUUCAAAUGGAUUUGACGUCUAUCGCUGUCAAUAGCAGCCACUGAGUGCAUAGCAAAUGCAAGGGACUGCUCUUUGGUCAAUAGCAGAACACACACGAACACUUAAUAUCAUUUUUACCCAAAAAGCUCAGUUCACGUCAGGUCUUCAUCAGGCCCGCAGGUCCACACGUGCAUGUGCGUGCUUGAGUGCACACACACAUGCUGCCUCUCAUCUGGCCUAAAUGGGUCAACUGGACUAGAAGACUAGUUUAAUAUUCAUAGGUCACGCUGUAUCAUGGGGACAUUAGCACUAAUAAUAACCGUGAUGUGUCAAUAAGAGUGACCUAAGACGUACACGAAGUAUUUUAAGUGUUGAAUCAUUUUUCAUGUGUGUAGAUGUACUGCAUGGCCGGGGGCAGGCACAGGAAGGAGGCAAGAUGAGAGGACGCCACUUCGCAUUUCACGGUCAUCAGAACACACGCAUCUGUUCAUCUGGUUUUGGCACACUUGUCGUGUGUCCUAUUCAUUUUCCCGUGCAGCUCAUUUACUACUCAUACCUACUUGUACAUAGUUCAAGGAUAGCAGGAAGGCUAAUGGAGUUAAAUUUGAAGUGGGAGGGUUGGCAGCUAAUGAGAUGACAAAUUCCCUCUUGGAUGGGACAUCUACAGCCAUGCUGGUAGGGGCUAAUUUCCGGGAGUCAAUCAAGCCACGAUUAAUUUCAGAACCCAUUUUUAAAAGAUUUUGUCAAUGUCGAAGGAACUCCUAUUCCCUCAGUGACUGCCAUUGACUGUGAUUGACGUCUAAUCCAUUUGAAUUGAGAGGGUGGUCGCCAACCUUCAACUGUAAUUGACGUCUCCUAGUGAUAAAUAGGCCUGUCGCGAUAACAAAUUUUAGUGUGCGAUAAUUUAUAUAAAUUAUUGCGAUAUGCGAUAUUAUUGCCCCCCCCCCCCCCCCAUUUUUUAAAACCAAUUUACAAUAACACAGAAUACAGUAUAUAUUAAUAGAUCAAGUACACCUAUUUAAACGCGAAAAUUAGUGCUGCAACGAUUAAUCAAUUAACUCGAGUAUUCGAUUAGAAAAGAAAGAUUCGAAUUAGAUUUUGCUGGUCCGAGUAUUCGUUUAAUUAUUGUGGUGUUGUCAUGAUUUAUUAUGAAAGUGUUUGCAAUCAGUUUUAUUGAUUUGAGUGGAUACACUGCCUUUUAGUCUGCCUCAUUUCACGUGGUUGAAUCCAGCUGCUCCAUGUUAAGACCAACAUAAGAUAAGUUUUUGUUUGUGCUAAUGUUUUUUUAAUGUAUUCGUAAUUUACUUUAUGGGUAUAUUUAGCCGUUUUUUUGCUGGAAUAUGUGUCUGAACCAUUUGUUAAGAGCAUUGUAAAAAAAUAAUAAUGUUUUAUAGCAUUUAAGCUAGCGAACUUUUGCUAUUGAAGUUAGCCAAUUUUUCUUUUGUUGUACAUAGAUCCUUAUUAAAAAAAAAUUUAUACCGUUUGAGGCUCAGGUAUUUUAAAAUUUUUCAUGUUACUUAUCCGAUUACUCGAUUAUUCGACAAACUAGUUCAUCAAUUAAUCGACUACUAAAAUAAUCGAUUGCUGCAGCCCUAGCGAAAAUUGUUUACUCUUAAAUUCAAAAAUACUUUUUAAGAAAUCACAACUAAAAACAAUAGACUAUGCCUCUUUUACGUAAAAGACAAUACCGCACAGAAACACAGGAUAAAUAAAAGGUGUUUUUCAAGAAAAAAUAAAAUUGCACUUAAUAACUUCAGCAUUUAGGCAAAUGAAAACUUUUCCCCUCAGAGCUUCUCCUAUGGCAUUCCACGUGUAAUGUUCUGAUUGGAUGUUUUCCGAGGCACCCUGAAGCGCACGCAAUGGUGAUGUUUUGUUCAUGUGACGCGGCAGUGAGAGAGACAAAUUGAGGAAGUGUUAUUAGCACUGUGUGUUAAUAAAAAAGUUGUCAGCACGUCGUGUGUUUGAUAUUAUUGCCAGAAAAACACACAUAAUAGGACACCGUACGGCUUCCUUUUUAAUGUUGUCCUUAUAAUGAUGAUGAUCUGCAUCAUAAAUCACUUUGUGACCUUCCACCUCCAUGAUGGAGCGUUGUUCGUCUAUGUUCGCUCUGAAUAAGCAACGGGGCUGUUGACGCCAGGCUUGAUUUUGACGGAUGCGUCUCCGGCAAAAAUAGAAAAUAGCCUAAACCACGCCGGAGAUGGUCCACAGUCAAUUCGGAGCAUUGACGCGGCCGGUAUACGUUGAACAGUAGGAUAUAAUAGGAACAGAUUGGCUCUGGCGCAAUUUUUUGCCAGACCCAGAACAAAGACAAAUUUUGCGUAGUUGGUAACAAGGAAGACGAACUUUUAACAGCACGUCUGCCGCACGCGCGCACGCACGUGAGACAAUAAAUCACAGCGGAAAAAUUACCGCCUUCAUUUUCAUUUGCCGCGCGAUGAAUGGAAUUAAAGAGUUUUACCGUAAUUUUCAGACUAAGACGCACCUGACUAUAAGCCGCCACCCACCAAAUUUGACUUGAAAAGCCACACUGAACUAUAAGCCGCAGCUUUCCCCACUAUUUCAUGUGAUAUUUACACCAAAAGAUAUUAACGGGUAACACUUUAUUUGACAGCGACAUCAUAAGACUGUCAUAAGACAAAAUAAACCCCAUGACGCUAUGAACCAAUUGGCUGUUGAGCGUCAUUGUUUCAAGAAGCUUUAUUUGGCUAUCACUGCUCCCUUUGAGGAGACGGUCAACCUCUGCUGCCACCUUUUGUCAACACUGUUGUCGUCCAACAUGCCUCCUAGCAUGCAUUACAGCGCUACAGAUGUGAAUUACAAUCAAAAUUCAUCUGAUGUGCUAAUUAUUUCUUCAGUUACUGUUCUAGUUGUUUCAUUAAUUGCUAGUUAUCGUAUAUAUGAGAUAGUGGUGCCAUAAGACUGUCAUAAGACGAUCAUAACUAUGACAUGACACUGACAUGAGCAUUAAUGAAUGCUUAUGACAGAUACAAUUUUGUGACAUCCGGCAAUUUAUCUCACAUUUGAAUGGAUGUAAAAGAUCCCAGCUGGACAUAAAUAGAGUUAGUGACAUAAUAUGCCAGAUGACACUAAAUGACAACCGUCAUAAACAUUCAUUAAUGUCCAUGAUAGUGUCAUGUCAUAAUUAUGACGGUCUUAUGGCAGUCUUAAGACGCCGCUGUCAAAUAUAGUGUUACCUAUUAACACAAAUAAAUCAACAAAUAAGCCACAUGAUUCAAAAUGAGGGAAUAAAGUAGUGGUUUAUAGUCCGAAAAUUACGGUAAUUAAUAUUUUUUAAUAAUUUUCAGUUUUCUGUUUUCCCGUGUUUUUUUCCUUUAGUGGCGGGUUUCUUGUUUUUCAAUUUAUGUUUUUUUCCUGUUUUGCACUUGUCAGUUUCCCAGUUUUAGUUUUUGACGUUUUGUGCUUUUUACCCCUGCCUUUUUCCGUUUUUCAUACGUUUUCACAAAAAAUCCCUAAAAUGGUGUCACCAUUAAUGCAAAAAACGCCUGUCCGUCAAUGCAAAAAACUGCUAUUUCUGUCAAUGCCAAGAGAUGUAUACAUCAGUCGACGAACGUUCAUUCGCUACCACCUUUUUAAAUUUAGUUUUUAAGAGCCACACAUGAUUAGACGUCUAUUACCGUCAAUAGCACUGAAAGAGUUAAAUGGUUUUUAAAAUGUCUGGAAGCUUUUUAAAUAUAUUUUGGCAAGAUGUCAGCACAAAAUGUUGUUUGACUAUCCUGCAAAAUUGAUUGGACAUCUAUUAGUGAUCCACAAAAAAAAAAAAAAAAAGAUGAUUGGACACCACAGGAUUGGAUGUUUAGCAUCAUCAAUGGCACUGAAAGAAAAAGAUGGACGUACAGUAUAUAAAUGCAGUGUUCACUGUAUUGACAGAACAGGACUAAAUAUAUGGGAGUGGUCGACAGUGAUGCUAAUUAUCGUUGCUCGCGUGUGGGAUCAAUGGUUGUAUGAUCUAUAAAUAGCUCGGCGCCUCUUCUCGGAUUUCCCUGCCAGGUGUCUAAAAAUAGCACGCGGGGGCGAGUGGACCCCAAAGGAAUAAUGCAACACUGACGAUGGAGAUACUUUCCCUCCAGCUGACCUUCUUUUUCUCCUCCUGGCGGUCAUGUGACUUCUGAGAAGAUGGCCGUAAAAAAAAAAAAAUCAAAUCCUGUUGUUGGUCUGACAAUCAUUUUCAAAAUACACUUGAGAAAAAUUUCCCAGUGUGAAUUUGAGCAGUUGGGUCUCAUAGUCACUAAAAAAACCAUCAGGUUGGCAAUUUUAUUUUGCGAUAGCUUGAUGCUAGCACGCAAUGCAAAACAGUACUUUAAUUAAUGCACUUUAUAGGGGCAACUUAUAAUAAUUGCUUGAAUGUAUUAUAAUGCCCUUUGUGGACAAAGUGCCUAUUACAAAAUUUAAUGUGUAUGCUAGAAAGGAUUAAUGUUUCCAUUCAUUUCAAUGAGUAGAUAAUUUGAAAUGAAUGAAAUUAACUUGUAUCUCAAGGCCUGCCGUAUACAUAGACAUGUGCAGAAAAUAGCCACUUUUAUAUUGACCAAAAUGUCGCGACAUGUAAUGACAAAGAUAAUCAUGCUGUAAAUUCAUUUGCUGCAUGGUCAUGUGACUGAAAAAUGACUUUUGAUUGGAUUUGGACAUUCUAUAAUUUAGCAAUAGAAUAAACUGUGGGGCAUAAAAUUUGAGACGCUCAUAACUGGGUUCCACAGGGUUCCCGCGGGUCCUUAAAAAGUCUUAAAAUGUCUUACAUUUAAAAUCCUGAUUAUCAAGGUCUUAAAUUGUCUUAAAUUGAAUAGAAAAUAGUUGGUAUUCAAUUUCCAGAAGAUGCGUUUAAUGCCAGGUUGCCACCAAAACUUUCCAGUAGAAUAGUGUUAGCUCACUGGUUCUCAUUGACUGCGACAGACGUCCAAUCGCUAGACAUCCAAUUAAUUUUGACUGGCUUGGACGUCGAGCUCCGUCACUGGCAACCAUUUUGCUAACCUGACCUGACCUGACCGUCAAUUGGAACCAGUGAGUUAACCUGAGCUGACCUGUAAAUGCCAACAAGACAUGCUCUAGUUUCAGUGCCAUUGACGGCGCUAGACGUCCAAUCGCUAGACAUCCAAUUCAUUUUGAUACCUGUUCAUUUUAGGGCAUUUUCUUGAUUGAUUUUCUUUUGAUUCCGACUCUGCCUAUUAAUUUGGGGAGAUUUUUGAGUCACUUCCUUUUCAGUAACCCAAAAUCAACAGGACCUGUAAAUGACCCAAAAUCAACAGUGACUCAUAAAGGCCUAAUCAGGAAAAGGAAUAUAAUUAUAUAUGUAAUUAAUUACAAUUAGCUCCUUGCCUGGCAUUGGCUGCCACUGACAGCCAUAGACGUCUAAGCCGUUCAUUGGCUGCCACCCUCCCACAUCAAAUGGAUUGGACGUCUACUAGCGUCUACUAGCGAUAAAAUUUCAAUUUACAGCAGAAGGAUGAAAAGAGCUUGUUUUUCCUGUUGUUUUGCUGAUUGAUUUCCUGACCUUUGUAUCGCCAUGUCGUGAGACUUAUAUUGCAAAUCGUAUCGUGAUGUAGCCAGAUGACCCACCUGUAGUGCAAAGUCUGCAAAAAUACUUUUUCGCUCGAGAGAAUGGGGUCAAAAGCCGUCGAGUCACACUUGAGAGGAGAAAAACACCAGUUACAGUGAAAUAAAAUGUUUUUUUUUAUUCAUCUACGGAGCCCCUGAAGAGACAUCAUUAGAAAUAAAAUAAAUUUAAGCAAUUUGGUGCGCAUGAAAAACUAUCUGGUGCACUGGUGCACACCAGAAACACUGGUAAACAUUAGCAUUAAAUAGCAUUUAAGCUAGCAGACCAAAUGGCUAACUCGCAUAGCAAAAGUCCGCUCGCUUAAAUGCUAUAUAAUGCUAAUGUUUACAACAAUGGCGUACCGCAAACAUCAAGUCACUUUUGCUCAUUAAUAUUCAUGACGUUAGCUAUUGUGGCAAGGCGGGUCAACCUCCCGAUUGUCCCUAAUAGUAAAUGAAUGGAAAUGGUGUACGAACGAGAUGUUUACGGAGCUGAACCUACCAAUUCUGUCCAAAAAUUAUGUCUCUGGUGUAAAAUUCACUGGGAAAGAUGUGGAAGAACAUACAAAUGUUCAGCUUUAGAGAUGGCUUGAGUGUCGAGGGCUGAAAAAGAGCCGACCUGAUCCAGAGUUAGCUUCUUUAUCGACACCAUUUUCUUGUGUGCAUUGCCUUGCGCUACUGACGUUCUCUUGUUUCAAAAAUCUAUGCUUAACCACCAUAUGCCCUGUCUUUCUUAGAUCUUCUGGUUGUCUUACGUCUCUGACCGUUCUUGGGGGGAUUUUAUAUUGCUAUUUUUGUGUAGCGAUCGCAAAUGCUACUCAGUGACAGCCAAUGAACACUUGUUUUCAUUAAUAACAAAUCUUAAUUCUAUAAUUCAUUUACACUUCCCCCUCACUAAACUGUUUUACAACAGAAAAGGUAACAGUGGCGGUCAGAUACCAUUUUAAUGUUUUUUUUUUUAGGUCAUUCAUUGUCAGACAGAAGCAGCACGGCAAAACGCCACGCUAAAAAAUAAGCAAAAUUAUCAAAAUGACUUACCUCUUCGUCCUCUGAAGGGCCAUGGCCCCCAACAAAAUGUUUACUGCAUAUGAAAUGUGAAUGGCUUCACCUUGCUGGCGCUGAACUGGUAUUUUGGACAUCCCCGCAAAUUGAUCCAUUCUUCACAUUUUUUCCUUUUCCUUCACGUUUUUGGUUUCGAGAAACGUAUGAAUAAAAUAUCAUUCACAUGUCGUAAUGUCUAGAGUCGUUUCAACAAGUUUUAUAGCAGCAGUGUUUGAUAGGCAUGUUCUUUUUUGAAAGAUUACCGUGGAAAACAAGCAGAAAAACAUUGAUUGUAUGCGAGGGCGUGUCUAUAAUGUCCCACUUCCGCGUUACGAUGGCUACAUCACGGUCUGAAAAUAGUAUUCGUGCUGUACACUAUUGGCUAACCUGCAUAGCAAAAGUCUUAAGCUUAAAUGCUGUAAAAUGCUAAUGUUUAGAACAAUUGGCUAACUUGCAUGGCAACAGUCCGCUAGCUUAAAUGCUAUAUAAUGCUAAUGUUUCGCAGAUAGUUUUUGGUGCGCACCAGAGUUUUUGCUUAAAUUUAUUGGUAAAACUUACUUUAAGUGGUCUCUAACUGCCGACCAAUCACAUGCACCUAACCUUCCCAAUUCGCACGAACCUAAAAAAAAAAUUCACAUGCAACUAAAAAAUAGGGAGCACUUAAAGUCAGCUUGACCAAUUUAUUUAAAUUGUUCCGACAUGAUUUGGUCUUAAAUGAUAUUCAUAAGGUCUUAAAAAGCAUUUAAUUUGACUUUUAAAACUCUGCAAGAAGCCUGUUCCAACCAAUUAAUAAAAUGCAAUCCAUUAUUACUGAACUGUCACUGUAUUUUAAUUGACAGAUAUUCUAAAGGGAACAUUUUCUAACCAGAUUUAAUAUUUCACAUCUGCUAAUUUUGUGAGCCCCCCUCCCCCAGCUCACCACCAAUCCCGGUCAUCACACCUAAAAAAAUAUUAAGUAGAGCAAAUGCACAUGGAGAUUCUCUGCAGUGCUCAAGGAGGAGAGGGGAGCGCUCUACCAACCAAUGAGGGAGGGAGGGAGAGAGCAAGGAAAAACUGCAGUUGGGUUCCUGAGCCGCCACAGUGUACUCGCACCUUCGCACACGUGCGCACCUUCUAGUGCUGCAAGAUGAGUUGGUUCAGUACACGUGCGCUAACAUUGCUGUCGUCCUCGUUCGGGGGAUGCGGUCUCCUGCUGGUGGGCGCGGCCGUGUCCAGCGAUUAUUGGUUGCUGAUGGAGGAGGGCGUGGUCUUGCAGCACAACCAGAGCACCCAGGUCAAGAUGGCGCUGCACUCGGGAUUGUGGCGCGUGUGCUUUGUGGCAGGCCCCGAGAAUGGUCGCUGCGUGGCGUCCGAUUACUUCAGCGAUUCCGAAGUAGAGAUCACCACGGAGAACACAGCAAACAUCCUCAAGAUGGUUCGCACGGCGACGCCCUUCCCGGUGGUGUCGUUGCUUUUCGUCUUCAUCGCCGUGGUGGUCAGCAGCGUCGGGCACGUCAAACCUCAGCGGACUAUCCUGGCCUUCGUCUCUGGGAUAUUCUUCAUCCUGUCAGGGCUGAGCCUGGUGGUAGGCCUAGUGUUGUACAUCUCCAGCAUCAACGACGAAGUGAUGAAUCGACCGCGCGAGGCCGAGCAGUUCUUCAACUAUCGUUACGGAUGGUCCUUCGCGCUGGCCGCCUCCUCCUUCCUGCUCAAAGAGGGUGCCGGCGUGAUGUCGGUAUACCUGUUCAUGAAGCGCUACGCCGAGGAAGAGCUGUUCCGCCCGCACCCCGCCCUCUACCGCCCCCGCAUGUCGGACUGCAGCGACUACAGCGGCCACUUCCUGCACCCCGACGCGUGGGCGCCGCCCCCGCGCAGCCGCAGCCCGUCCGACGUGUCCUCGGAGAUCUCCGUCCAGCUCCGGCACGCCGCGCCCGCCUCAUCCUCCUCUUCCGCCUCCUUCCCGCCUCAUCCGCUCCUGCGCGGCGACUCGCUCCCGAGGGCGGCGCGGCCCCACUUGCCAUCGGGGAGCCCUCCGUCGCCCUUUCUUCCUCCGCGCUACCACGUGCGGACGAGUGCCUCGCCGUGUUAGGUUGUGGGUGAGAUGCAGACACACAUUUACGCACCUGUAUAGUACGCACGCUGGUGCUGGCCGAUAUGACGAUAUAUGAUCGUUCAUGAUGUAUCGACAUGAAUUCCUUCUAUCAUCAACUUUAAUAAUGUUAUUACAAAAACAUACUGUAAUUUAAUUUGAUUUUGAUCAUUUAAAAUGUAAAUAAUUUAAAAUAAACUAUUUUUAUUUGAUUUUUUAAAUUCUUUUUUGGGGAUUGUUUUUGUUAUUUUUUUAUAAAUGAACUUGCAAAUUAGUAAAAUAACUAAAUACAUUAUGAAAAUGAUUUUAAGUGCAGUGAAUUAAUAAAUAAUAACAAUUACAAAAAGUGCUUACGGCCCCCAAUUACACACGUUUUUUUUUUCCAUUAAUUUUUCUUUGAAAUUAAUCAACUUACAAAUUAAUACAACAAUAAAGUCAAUUAUGAAAAUGAUUUUCAGUCUGAUAAAUAAAAAAAAAAUAAUAAUAAUACAUAUUUACUGCCCCCAAUAAUUCAUGUCAUUUUUUAUUUGAUUUUGAUAGUAUUAUGGCCACUAGAUGUCUCUAAACGAGAAAACCAGGGGUGCGAUAAAUCACCACACAACACAAACAUGCGGUGCUUCGAUAAAAUCAACAUGAAAGUUAUCUGACACGAAUUGAGUACGGUGGUCCCCCGCUACUUCUAUCUUCAAACUUCGCGCCCUUAGUCCAUCACAUAUUUUUUUUUCCAGUUAAAAAAAAAAUACCGAUGAGCUGUUCCGAGCCGAUCGUGUAGUCUCACACUCGCUCCCUUCCUCCCUCUCCCGGCUCUCUGUUGGUCAGGCAGUGAGUGCACUGAAGUUGCUUAAUAAAGUGAACGAUGAUUGACAGAUGUUUGGAUUUGAGCUUGCCAGAGACACGAACUUCAAAACGCCGCAUGUGUCAAUCAUUGUUUAACUUGUUAAACAUUUGCUGUGGCAACUCAUUGUAAGUGAGGAGCUUGACCGGAUUUGAGUGGACUCACUCAAUGAAGCAUUUCAUAAGGUAUUGUUUAAAAAUAAUUUGGUGGGACAGUAACAUGUUUAAAACUCAUCAUAAUUGUUAUCAUAAUUGUUACAUUUGAAGUAUUUUAAAACCAUUUAUUUAAAAUAUAUAUGUAUUGUUGUUGUUUUUUUAAUUAUACUUUGGGGAAAAAAAGUGAAAAAAACUUGACUUAUAUGAAUAAAUACAUUGAACACUCACACACACACACAAAAAAACUACUUCAUGGUUCUGAUCCCCAUUAAAAGCGAAAACAAGGGAUCACUGUAUUGCAAAUCCCCUGACCAAGAUGGCC